CCAUCUGACCCUCUGCAGAGCGGGCCUGCACCCCAGGACUCGGGCCUGCGCCCCAGGGCUGGGCCCUGCGCCGCACCGCGCGGCCUCUGCAUGGCCUCCUGGCUCGCGGGAAGCAUGGGCUCCGACCCGCUCAUGGUCCUGCUGGUCCUCAUCCUGCUAGCGCGCUUCAUUCUCUGGUCCUGCCUUGGCACCUACAUUGAUUAUAAACUGGCCCGGCGGCAGCCCCGCAAACCCAAGGAGGACUAGGGCCCCUGGCGGCCGGCGGCCUCUGAGUGUCGCGCACGGGCGGGUCUUCCCCUCCAGGAGGACACUGUCCCUGAGGUGUCCUGUCCUGAGGCUGAGGGUGUGUGGGGGGGUGGGGCAGGACAGGCAAACCACUCCUGUAUCCCACCCACAUGGCAGAGAUGGACUGUGUGCUACCCAGACUGACCAGGGCUGUCCUGGUGACAUCCCACGUCCCAAGUCAGGACAGAGGGGCCACCACUGCCUGUCUGUCCACCAGGUUCUGGGGUCUGCUGUUGGAGUGAGUGAUCGCGAGGGCGGGUCUUGCUUUAAGACUCUCUCUGCCUCCAAUUCUUUAUAAAUACGUUUGCAGGACAAGGUGGGGAUGAGCCAGAGGGCUGGGCGGUAGGAGGGAAGGACAGAUGUGGUUACAUCACAAGCCAGGCCUGCCACCAGAAGCUGCCCUGUGUCUCAGCUUCCUCUUGUCUCCCCCCCGCCCUCCCCCCCGGGAGGAAUAAUAGUUCAGACAACUGCCUUGGUUCUCCCUUAAGCAGACCCCUGGAGGGUCUUAGGACAGACUUGCGACGCCUGAGUUCAAGCCCAGCUCUGGUUGACUGUGGGUAAACUCUCUUUCUCCAUCUCUAAAAUGGGCACAAUAAUCCCUGCCUCCCUCAGAAGGGUAUGAGGAGGGUUGGAUGAGGGGUGGGGUGGCAAGCCCCCCAUAUUCUGCACACCAUGGGACGUGUGGAGGCCAAUGGAGAAGAGAAGCCAGGA